AUGACUGACAACUUAGACGACCUCGCUAUAAACAAGUUAAGGGACUAUAUCCGCAUUAAAAGCGUUCAUCCAAAUAUUAAUUAUGACGAAUGCAUAUCGUAUCUUAGGGGGUACGCAAAUGAUCUGGGUUUACAGGUCCAGGUAUACGAAGUAGUUCCAAAGAAACCCGUUCUUGUAAUGACUUGGGAAGGUUUAGAACCAGAACUACCGAGCAUACUAUUAAACUCUCAUAUGGAUGUCGUACCCGUUUUUGAGGAAAGUUGGACCUACAAUCCAUUCGAAGCUCGAAUAGUGGAUGGAGUGAUCUAUGGACGAGGCGUUCAAGACAUGAAAUCGGUCGCUAUCAUUUAUUUAGAAGCGGUACGAAGACUCAAGAAUAGAGGAAUACGACUAAAAAGGACUAUACAUUUGAGUUUCGUACCAGGAAAGUAUGAAGAAAAGGGCGGUGUUCUGGGCAUGAAGACAUUUGUGACUUCCGAACAUUACAACAAACUGAACGUCGGCUUCGCUUUUGAUGAAGGACUAGCAAGUCCAGAUGAUAGCUUUGUAAUUUACAAUGGAGAGAGAACUAUAUGGCAUUUGAAAGUCAUCUGUCCGGGAAUGUCAGGCCACGGAUCGCUUCUGUUGCCGGAUAAUUGUGGGGAAAAGUUGAGGUACAUGAUAGACAAGUUUAUGGACCUUCGGAACGAGUCAAAGAAAAAAUUGGAGAACGAUCCAGAACUUACCAUCGGUGAUGUCACUUCUGUCAACCUUACUAUGAUUUCAGGUGGCAUCCAAAACAAUGUGAUUCCUGAGAAUUUUACAGCCAGCUUCGACCUCCGACUGGCCUUGUCCGUCAACUUUGUGGACUUCGAAAACACGAUAAAACAAUGGUGCGAGGAAGCAGGUAGCGGUGUUACAUACGAGUUUGAACAAAAAGACUUGUACGUACCUCCUACUAAAGUAGACGACAGCAAUCCUUACUGGGUCGCGUUUAAAGAAGCACUCGAUAAAAUGAAUAUCCCAACAAAAGUCCGUACUUUCCCCGGCGGUACCGACUCCCGGUUCAUUCGUUUAAAGGGUACUCUUGCAUUGGGAGUGACUCCGCUACGUUACACACGCCCAGGCAUACAUGAACACAACGAAAACAUCAAAACCAGCGCUUUCAUCGAAGGAAUCACAGUAUAUGAGGCAGUCAUACAAAACGUUGCUAAUGUUUAA